CGGAACAGUUAACCCCGCGAACCGAGCUCAACUCUGAUUACCACAGAAGAUUGCCACUGACGGUCUAGACUUGACUAGAUUUGGAUUUAGAUUUGGAGAACCAAGGCCAAGCGAUUGGAGUAUGUUUUAAAGAUUCAUUUUCUGCGUGUUUCCACAUCACAACUGCCGACAGGUAUUGUAAACCAAUUCGCAACCCACAAGCUGCACCAACAUCCAUCGCAAUCUCUUAGCCCGUCAAGCUCUAGAAUUAAAGCUCUCACGAGCUUUCUGCCCCACCAAACCAAAACGGCGUCCAAAAACGCACGGAUACGACCCUCCCCGCCAACAAACCCAGUCCUGGCAGCAACGAUACUGACCGCGGCCCUCGCAGUCCUCCUCGCAAUGGUAUUCUCGGCUCCAGCAUUCAUCACCCGCCUGACCCGACCAUUCACCAGCUCGACCAUGCUCUCCGUGUCCGAGGCCACAUCCGGCGGGGCGGCGGCGACGAUCCCCGAGGGCGCGCAGCGGGCGACCUUUGCGGCGGGUUGCUUCUGGGGCGUCGAGCACAUCUUCCGCAAGCACUUUGAGAACAAGGGCCUGUACGACGCGCGCGUGGGCUACAUUGGCGGCGAGGCGCAGAACCCGUCGUACCGCGCCGUGUGCUCGGGCGCGACGGGCCACGCCGAGGCGACGCAGGUCGUCUUCGACCCCAGCCGCAUCAGCUACAGGCAGCUGGUCGAGUUCUUCUACAAGACGCACGACCCGACGACGCCCAACCAGCAGGGCAACGACAGGGGCACGCAGUACCGCAGCGCCGUGUUUUACCACAACGCAGAGCAGGAGAAGAUCGCGAGGGAGGUGACGCAAAAGGCCAACGAGCAGUGGUGGAAGGGCAAGAUCGUCACGGAGCUGCUGCCCGCUGGACAGUGGUGGGACGCCGAGGACUACCACCAGCUGUACCUUCACAAGAACCCAUCUGGGUACCAGUGUGCCAGCCACCACUUGAGGGAUUUCCCCGAGCUCAAAUGACUCCAGGACGGCUCGGCGGAUGAGGAGCGGAAAUCUAGAUUGUAGCUUUUUUUUAUUAUGGCGGAAAAUGUAAAGUUUAGGUAGUUUGACGAAACGAUUUUCCUGGUAUUAUACACUAUGGAAUCCAACGCCUCAACACCAGUUAUGUACGGGCAGCUAAAUGCCACUUUUGAGCAGAGAGUUAGGUAGUACAAUCACCUCCCAAAGCGCAAACCUUGAUUACAUGAGAACAAAAGAAAUACGUGU